AAAAGAGCUGCGCUACUCGAGGGAAAAUUUGCUCUUCUUGCGAGACCAAUUGCCUGUAAUCAUUUGCGACGUGACAAAGAUGAAUAAUACCAAUGCUGAUUUGCUACGAUUGCCAUCACAAAUAAUGUCUGAUACUGGCCUCAAGUCGUGCCCUACAAGGGUUUUGCGACGUGUUCCAAACUUCAAAAAUAGAGACGAUGUUGGUGGCUCUGAAAAUAGUCGUCUUCAUAGACACAAGAUCUCCUUGGAGUCCGACGAAGAAGAGAUUGUGUACCGUGGACAUCCAAUCCGCCACUCCCUCAAAGAAACACAAUGGCAGUUCAAGCGUCGCGAUGACUCUGAUAGAUCGAGCCAGCCUCUGUCCGCACCAUCCGGAUACCAUGCGCAGAAGGCCGAAAACUUCCAGAAAUUCUACCGUGCCGUUGUUUCGCCAACACACGUUCGAGUGACAGCUGGCGGCCGAAUUGUUCCAAACAUUCGCGCCCCUCCGCAGCCUGUAUUCGUCUGGAACCGCGACAAGUUCUUUUUCGAGGCGAAGCAAGACAAGAAGGCUGCAGGAGCCGUAGAUGCAAACUGGCAAGAAGGUGCAGCUUUGAGACCCUCCGACCCAAACCAGUUGCCUAUCAAUAGCCCAACCACAAAUCCGAACAUUGCUACUGCUCCACCCUCCCACUCUUUAGAGAAACCAUUGAACUCCGGCACUUUGCAGCCGUCGACAAUUACUGAGCCACAGGCUCCAGAUCCUGCCCCAACUCUUCCAAAUAUCUCGGACCAAAACAGCUCGGCUGGCCCUUACCCGAUCAAGCUGUCUCCGCCAGGCCAAUUCGAUAUGACAAAGCCUUUCAUGGUGAAUGGGCAGAUGGUUUACCCCCUCCCAUCGGACUUUCAAAUCCCCCACGGCGUUCCCGUGAUACCAUUCAAUAUGCUUGGAAAUACGAUGCCUCUGCAGAAUCUACAGCCUUCCCAAUACCCUCAAAUGCCGCUUCAUCACGGCUUAUUCAACCCCAUAGAGCCUUCUUUGGGCCAGGCGCAACCAAUCCCCUAUAACAACCCACUCACGACUGGUUUUGGAGGCAUGCCUGUUCCUCAUUCAAAGAUGGGAGACCGAAGUAGUAACAACAACAGACCAGUGACCAUGCCGCCUCUACCUGGUCUUGACCACCCUCCAUACAAUCAGCCGGGGUACGUGAAACAAAAGAUAAAAUCGCUACAAGAUGAGAUCAAGAAGUUCGAUCAUCAGUUGGAUCACAAUAAGCACCAAAUCGACGAAAUACAUGUCAAGAAGCAGCGUUUCUAUGUUGAGAGUCAGAUCCAAACUCUUGAAGCAAGCUUGGCCCUGCUUCCUUCAGAGGAUUUCAAUCACUUGUUUCCAGGAGCUCACCCUCGGCCUCUGGCACCACUCAUCCCAAGUUGGGUCGCUACUCCAGUUUAUCACUCGAGAAGUUUCGAUGGAGUAUAUGACCAAGGACCGGUUCACCAACCCGCGGCAUCGAGGGCGAUAAAUCGAUCCGAGCCAUUCCAUAAUCCCACUCCAGUGCCUGCUUCCAAAGCUUCGGUCGCGAAAUCUUCUCAGACGAGCCGAACGCGCCUGAGCCUCUCUGCGGCAAAGGCAGCCCCUUUUAAGCCUAGGUCUCAACAGGGUUCACAGCCUCCCGUUGUGCAGCCACGUACCGCACCGAGCGAUGUGGGCGAAGCCAAUAGCAUCAUACUGGACGAGACCACUAGUACCCCAGCAGAACAUGGGCAAGAUAUAGAAAGCCGCCUGAAAGGCACAGGUAAUGCAUGGGCUGGGCCAAAGGGUGGAGGCAACCAUCCUAUGUCGUCAAACACUACAUUGGUUGAAAAGACACCUACUCCGGAAGUUCUCGAAACCCAGAGCUACGAAGGACGUCAUUUGAUGCCAGCAGGACAACCUCGGGGCAAUGGGUCUACUUCAGCCUCUGCGGAUACUCGUACUUUGGUCUCGGCUUCUCAUCAUACCCCGGGCAUGCCUUAUUUGAUGGGAUUUCCUCCGCCAGGAGUACCGUGGAAAGAGGCUCGAUCUCACGAACUCAUGUAUACGAGACCUCUCACCCCGGAAGAAGUUCGUGCUCGACACUUGUACUGGGGAAAUGCCAGCAAGGAAUCCCAGAAGGGCCUACCAAAAUUUGAUGGGCAAGACUUUUAUCCGCCAUCCCCGCAGAAGGGAUAUGCUCUUCCAGUCGGCCAGGGUCGCUACAGUGAGGCAUCAACGAUUAUUCGGAAGUCAAAGGAUAGUAGUGCCACGUCCAAGGAACAGGGAUUAGGUGAGGAGUCACAAGCUCUAGUUCUUCGAACAGAGGCAGUCGUGGGUGGGAGAACUUCGCCAGACAAGAAUGUUGCCCUACACGACGACAAUGAUGAUGUGGUAUCUGUUGACUCGUGGGGUGCUUCUAAGAGCGUGUGCUCCCCCCCACAGCAUGCCUCGAAAGCUGCGGCGAAAUUCAACAAGCAGUAUAGCGCAACUACGUCGGCGUUUCUACUUGGGAUGCUGAAGAACAGCCCAGCCGUUUCUUCACCACUUUCUGGGUUGUCAUCAACUCAUGCUGUAGGAUGUCUUCCGAACUAUGGCGGGACCGCAAUUCCCUCGCUGGCUCCAGGACCAAGGCCAAGCUCAUCGUUCACAUUUGACGCCCCCAACACCAAGAUUGUUCGGUCUGCUUCUGGCCUGUCGGUUCGACAUGAAAAUCGGCCGCCAUCAAGGGCCGGGUCCGCUUCAGCGGGCGGGUAUACUGCCGCCGAAUUUCUAGCCAAAGUUAACCGUCAAAAUGAGGAACGCCAGGGCAACGCCGAGCCAGAUUGGAAAACCGCGGCUAAUGGAGUUGGGUCUGUUGCCAAUUCGAGCUGGUAAUUCUAAUGUAACUAUGGAGCUGCCUUAUCAGAAUUUCGGGAUUUCUGUGUCGUCAGUUGCCUUUCGAGCUGUUGGGGAGGAAGUUAUAUGUUUCCAUACAUACAUAUCCAAGGUUAUUGUCUUCCGGAUUUUCUUCGAGGGGUGUUUGUAUCGAUCAUUGCGGUUCACAACUCAUACGACAUUCCACCAGCAUGAAUACGCCUUCGCAACAAUUAUACUUGGGGCAUUGUGACGUGGCUUUGAAUAGCAUUCCUACGGUGGAUGUUUCUCUUUUAUCGAGGGCGUUCUGUUCAGGAUUUUACUGGCAUAACAUACAUUACUUGUGGUAUGGACGAGUUUCUGGCGGUUGGGUUUUCGGUAUUUUCUUUUCACGCUUAAUAUUUGCUUUUACUUUGUGGUGUACUGGAGUCAUUGGGGAGUAAGAAUAUAUAUAUAUGGUGUGGUUGUGAAUGGGUGAGGGGGUUGUAUUCUGAACAGUGGUAUAGUGGAGGAAAGAAGUUACUGUGCGCUUUUCGGCAUGAUAAUAGGGGGGUGUAUGGGGGGAUUAUAAUUGUCGGAUUGAAGAGGGAAGCAUUCAUUGUGUAAGAGUAGCAGAG